AUGGGACUACUUGACGUCCUGUCCCCAGUGGUGACGCUGUAUGCCGAGUUCCUUCCCAUGAAAGCCAGAGCUAAGUGUAUUUUGCUGAUUGAGGUGUUCUGGGCCAUCGGGACAGUGUUCGAGGUUGUCCUGGCUGUGUUUGUGAUGCCCAGCCUGGGCUGGCGUUGGCUGCUCAUCCUCUCGGCUGUCCCACUUCUCCUCUUUGCUGUUCUGUGUUUUUGGCUGCCAGAGAGUGCAAGGUAUGAUGUGCUGUCUGGAAACCAGGAAAAGGCCAUCGCCACCUUAAAGAGGAUAGCCACAGAAAACGGAGCCCCCAUGCCUCUGGGGAAACUCAUCAUCUCCAGACAGGAAGACCGAGGCAAAAUGAGGGACCUCUUCACACCCCAUUUUAGAUGGACAACCUUGCUGCUGUGGUUUAUAUGGUUUUCCAAUGCAUUCUCUUACUAUGGAUUAGUUUUGCUCACCACUGAGCUCUUCCAGGCAGGAGAUGUCUGCAGCAUCUCCAGCCGGAGGAAGGCGGUAGAGGCAAAAUGCAGCCUGGCCUGUGAGUACCUGAGUGAGGAGGAUUACAUGGACCUGCUGUGGACCACCCUGUCUGAGUUCCCAGGUGUCCUUGUGACUCUCUGGAUUAUCGACCGCCUGGGCCGCAAGAAGACCAUGGCCCUGUGCUUCGUCAUCUUCUCCCUCUGCAGCCUCCUGCUGUUUAUCUGUGUUGGAAGAAAUAUGCUCACUCUGUUACUCUUCAUUGCAAGAGCGUUUAUUUCUGGAGGCUUCCAAGCAGCCUAUGUUUACACACCUGAGGUCUACCCCACGGCGACCCGAGCUCUGGGCCUGGGCACCUGCAGCGGCAUGGCAAGGGUGGGUGCGCUCAUCACCCCGUUCAUUGCUCAGGUGAUGCUGGAAUCGUCCGUGUACCUGACGCUGGCGGUUUACAGUGGCUGCUGCCUCCUGGCUGCCCUGGCCUCCUGCUUUUUGCCCAUUGAGACCAAAGGCCGUGGACUGCAGGAGUCCAGCCAUCGGGAGUGGGGCCAGGAGAUGGUCGGCCGAGGAACGCACGGCACAGGUGUCGCUAGGUCGAACUCGGGCUCUCAGGAGUAGUGACCAAUGGGGGGCUGAGCUGGUUUUUGAGGCUGUAGA